AUGUAUUGUAUUUCAGAGUUACGCAAGGAUAGCCAUCUACCGUCGGCCCUGCUGUCGCUUCUGUCGCAGCAGGCGCAGUCGCAAUCGCUGGCCUCGCUGGUCCCUCCGUGCAUCCAAGUCACUAACGUGCUCAAACCCGCCAAGGAGCUCGCGUCGUUCCCCGGACCGCUCCACUCGCUCGCCUCGAUACCCGAAAACAUUAAAGCGCACCUGCUGCAGCAGGCGUUCAUGCAGAACAAUAACGUGGCGCAGAGUCUAGAUUUCAAACUGCCCACCAAGCAGGACCCCGAGGGGGACUCGGACGCCGAGUACGACGACACGGACGACAUCGUUCUGCCCGAGGACCCCGACACGUUCUACGACUCGAGCUGCAGCUUCGCGUCCAACUCGAGCUCGCACGCGGACGACUCGCAGGACGGCAAGGGCCAAGGCGCCGAGCCCAAGGGGCCCUUCGUGAAGCGCGAGGCGGGCGACGAGGCGUCGCGCCACUUCGAGUGCAAGCACUGCGGCAAGCGCUACCGCUGGAAGUCCACGCUGCGGCGCCACGAGAACGUGGAGUGCGGCGGCAAGGCGCCGGCGCACCAGUGCCCGUACUGCGCCUACCGCGCCAAGCAGCGCGGCAACCUGGGCGUGCACAUCCGCAAGCACCACAACGACGAGUGGUACGUGUACGCCACCAGCAAGGUGCGCCGCAACAAGAAGACCUCCGUCUAG